AGGGCUGUCUCUGGCAGGAACCAAGAAAAGGCAGCCAGUCCUGAGGGGCUGCAUGUGCUGCACUGCUGGGACCUCGGAGCAAGGGUUAUACUGCACUCUGCUGGUUAGCAGGCUUGUCUGACAAUGUUAGCAGAAGCUUUCCUACCUGGUAUCCUGUACCGAGAACACACUAAGCCAUACAAACCGCACAUAUGUAAGCAGAACCCCAAAGAGAAAAAGGAAACUUGGACAAACCAGCUUUUGGAGAGUGAAGAAGCUAAGCUUCUGUCCACUGAGAUGAAAAGGCCAGACCAAGGUAGGCCUACAAGCCACCCAGAGCACAGUAAGGAUGUGUGCCUGCAGAAAUCAGCAGACCGGGUGGUGAUGCAGGGCCAGCAGAGUGCAGCCCUCCAGGGUAAUGCAUCUGCAGCUUGGCAGAUCCCCCAAAGAGCCCCACCAGAAGAAAACGAGCUGGAUCUGUAUCGCUCGUGGUCCUGCACCAGCAUCUGCCAGAAUUAUCCUGAUCUCCAUAUCGGGGGGAAUCGUGUGGGGCAUGCUUACGAUUCUGGUUGUUUCAUGGACCAUGUCCAUGAUGAGGCUUUCACUGGGCCUCUGCUUCUCUCAGAGGACAUCCCACUGGGCCAUUCUUCCAUCCCCAGCAGGCCGCCCUCUGUGGCAUACAAGUUCCCACCUGGGGAUGAGGUUCGAGAAAGAAGCAUCCUCCUGCACAAGCAGCCCCUGUCCAACUCACUGCUUAACAUCUAUGUGGAAAAGAAGGUGGAUGAGCUCUACAAGCAGGUUUUUGAAGAGAACCUGACCCGGUGCCACUCUGUGACCAGUCUUGUGGCUUCCAAUCUACUGAUGAACAACUUGAAUCACAUAAGCUUUCAGAUCUCACAAGAGCAAAACAUUGAGGUGUCCCGAGCUCGAGAGGCCCUCUUACAGUCUAUGGCUUUGCGCAGUCUGUACUAUGCUUCCAAAGGAAACAGCUCAGAGCUCAGCACUCCCAACCUGCAGAUCUCCAGUCAGACAAAGUGGGAGAAGUUGCCGAAGGUGUAGAUGAUACCCUUUGGCUGCUGCUGGGGCAGAAGACUGACUGCCCCAGUAGCCUUUUCAAAUCAGGGAUGGGGGAGGAGGUAUUGUUGCAUGUGGGGAGACAUUUCUGGAGUCCUCAAAGUUGACAAGUGCUUUUCUCAUAUCAACCCUGGUGUAGUGGGAAGGUGCUGAAUUUGGCUUUUUUGGACCCACUUUGAAAUUGCCUGCUACCAUUAUGACAGGAACACCAACUUGCAGAAUUGUUCAGCUGGAAAAGACCUUCGAAGUAUGUAGUCUAACCCAGAACCAAAAAAACAAAAAACAAAAAACCCUAAUCCUUACUAUACCACACUCAACAAAGGGAUGUCCAGCUUUCGCUGUGAAGCCCUACAGGAAUGGAAGGAACCGCCUGCCUCCUGAGGCCUCCCAUUGCACUUCUGGAAGCCUUUCAUUCCAUCAGACCUGGACUUGCCCCUUUGCAACUUGUGCCCUAUAUUUCUAGUUUUGUCUUUUGGGGCCAAACGGAACAAGUCAAAUGUCUUUUCCUAAUAAAAGUCCUUUGAAUACUCGAAGAGAGUAAUCAUGUUCCCCCAGUCUCUUCUCCAAACUAAACCUUCCUGUUUCCUUUAACUGAUUCUCAUAUGGCGGAGACUCAAGGCCUCUUGUACACCAGUAGGGGAUGUUGCAGAGGGGAGUCCUUUUCAGGUAUGGAUUGGAUGGUCACUGAAAGCCCUUCCAACUGAGAUCCUGGGAGGCUGGAAUUCUGUGCACUUGCUUCCCUCUUUGGGCCUCAGUUUCCUAAUCUGUAAAAUAGCCUUGAAGAUCCCUUCAAGCUCUUAGUCUCUGGUCCUAUUUGUGGAGAGCAAGUACUAUUAGCAUCAUUUUACACAUGAGGAAACCACGGCCUAAGAAAGUUCAAGUGACUUUCCUGGUGUAACAUUUCGUGGAACUAAUGGAGCCAGGACUCAGUGUCAGGUCUUCUGACUACAAGACAGCUGGAUGGAUCUAUCCACUACAGUCUGAAGCCCCCUUCAAAUGAUAAACUCUUGUGUUUUGGGACAGAGGUAUCUUUGAGAUGCUCGAUUGCUUUUUGCUUCCAAGGGAUGCCUGCUUCAUUUGUUCCCUGACUUCCCCUUGCCUCUGCCUUCCCUUUGGCAGCUUCAUUUGCCACUAAGGUCAGGGAAGCUUGGGCAGCUCAGACAGCCAGGGUCAGCAUACUCCCUUAGCACCCUCUUUGCAGUCCUGCAGUGAAGCAUUCCAAGGGAUGGGA